UAGGUGAUGUGUAGCCACACAUUCAUUCCUCAGACCUUCACUCAUCGGUAGACCUUGCGCCUUUUCUUAAACGAGGAUCGACGACAGCAGAAUUUCAGUUCAUUUCUGCCAGGAAAAUGAAGAUUUUUUAUUCUCUUGUUUUCCUGCUUACGUUCACGCUUUUACUGUUUACGGAAGCUGCUAGCAAAGAAAAUGGUACUCCUGAUUUCACUGUCGAAGAUGUGCAGUGGGCCGCCGAAAAUGGACUAAAAGAAGUCCAGCAAACCAUAGAAUUAGAAAAUCGUCUUCUGUCUGAAGGAUUAAUUGGAAACAAAAUUAAAUGCCCAGCUCGCAGAAAUGUGCACCAAAAAAGAGGCACUUCCAGUGAAUCUCGUCAGCAAUCAAUUCACGCAAUUGGAAUCGUUGAAGCAUCCAAAAAACUCAAGGAGAGACUAAACCUAAGAGGAUCAGAGGCUAGUCAGAUCUUACCUAAACUGUCGCUGAAAAGUACGCCUCUGGAACGUGCCUGCUCCGAACCUACCACGUGUCCAGCUCCAGCAUCCAAGUACAGGUCAUAUGAUGGCUCUUGCAAUAAUUUAGUUCAGGUGGAUUGGGGUCGUCGUAAUACCAUUUUUCGACGUUUGUUACCUGCUCAAUACGGAAACGGUAUUGAUUCACCUCGUCCGACAACUGAUGGAGGGGAAUUGCUUAAUCCACGUAAUAUCAGUUUAUCUAUCGUCGGAGACGAUGGCCCUAAUUCGACUGACAUAACCCUACUCGUUAUGUCUUUUGGUCAAUUUGUUACGCAUGAUAUCACUUAUUCAGAGGACUUUACUUUUGAAAAUGGGUCUAGUCCCGCCUGUUGCGAUAGCCAAGGACAGUUGCUUCCACCAAAUGAUUUGCAUCCACAAUGUUUACCUAUCGAGUUGUACGAAGGAGAUCCAAAUUUCAUUGCAAGUGGUGACACUUGCAUGAGCUUUACUCGUUCAAAAGUGGGCGUAGAUUUGAGCUGCACCUUUGGCCAAGCCGAACAGUUGAACAGCAAUACUCACUAUCUUGACGGGUCUCAAAUUUAUGGAAGCGAUGCCACCAUAUCAAACAAUCUACGCACGGGAAUCGACGGAUUGUUAAAGUCUUCGGAUGUCGGUGGCCGCCAAUUGUUUCCUAUUACUCCCGGCUGUGAAAAUCUAAUUAAUCAUGAACUAGCAGUUUGCUUCCAAGCAGGCGACGACAGGGUGGAAGAGAAUCCACAGCUCACUACCAUCCAUUUGCUAUUUUUACGCGAACACAAUCGUAUUGCAAAAGAACUCAAAGCACUUAAUCCACAAUGGAACGACGAGAUUCUGUUCCAGGAGACGCGCCGUAUUGUCAUUGCCCAGUUACAACACAUCACAUACAACGAAUACCUACCCGUUCUUCUGGGUUCUCAAGUUAUGGUGGAUAGUGGAUUAGUAUUACCUACGACUGGUUUUGGAACUGGAUACGAUAGCAACGUCGAUCCUUCGAUAUCAAAUGAUUUCGCGGCUGCAGCAUUCCGGGUGACACAUUCCUCUAUUCAAGGAACUCUAAGUUUGUUCAAUUCCGCUGACGAACAAGAAAUGGAAAGAAGCUUCACAUUAAGUCAAUAUUUCUUUGAUGCUUCUCGAUUGAUGGACGAUCCCGGCUUCUUUGACUCGGCUCUGCGUGGCCUAACUAAACAAGCACCUCAAACUAUUGACGGACUAUACACAGAUGAAGUGGCCGACAAAUUAUACAUUGGUCAGAAAAAAUCCGGAGGUGAUUUGAUUGCCAUCACAAUCCAGCGUGGCAGAGAGCAUGGCAUCCCGAGCUACAAUGAGUUCCGUGAAUUUUGUGGAAUGCCCAAAGUUCAGUCGUUUGACGAACUCAUCAACGAGUUUGUCCAAGAGGACAUUGAUCUGCUAAAGACUGCGUACCAAUCGGUGGACGAUAUCGACCUCUACAUCGGCUGCUUAUUUGAAACUCACGUAGAGUCAGAAUCACUUAUGGGACCGACAGCUCUUUGCAUCGCAGCAGAGCAAUUCCAGAAAACUAAAAAUGGAGAUCGUUAUUUUUAUGAUAUCGGUGAUCAACCUAAUUCGUUUACACCAGAUCAACUCGAUCAAAUCCGCCAAUCGAGUUUAGCCCGUCUCAUGUGUGACAAUAACGACGGAUCGGUGACGACCAUGCAGCCAUUCGCUAUGAAAAGUCCAGUUGGAACGAACCAAAGAAUUCCGUGCUCUUCCCUUCCGUCAAUGGACUUGACAUACUGGAAAGAAAUGUAAUGGCCGGUAACAGUCAAAAUUUUGGUUGUUACCUAAAGUCAAUUAUCUUCUGUUACGUAGUUUUACUUGAACCUUAAAUCUGUAGAAGUAAUAAAUGUUAUUUUUAAAUUAAUUUGCUGCAUGAGCUCAUAGCCCCCGAUUAGUUGGUCGAGGCCUCGGUCGAAACUUCGUCGGUCGUCUCUCAGUAAAAAUACUAAGACAUUCGAUUCUGGUUUGUAGUUGUUUUUGUAUUGCUUUAACAAAAACAAUCGAGUGUCUCAGCAGUUAGUUAUCCUAAGAUAUACAUCAAAUGUUAUGCAACUAAAUACACAAAUGUAGACGAAGA